GCGAUCAUGAACUAUCACCCACCUCCUUUGAAAUCAUACAUUGCAUUUAAUUCAUUGAAAAUGGAUUGGAUCCCAUUUCAUUUCUGAUUGGCUUUCCUAAUUCGUCAUCAAACCUGACACCACAAACUACGUCACGUUUUGUUGCGACCUUGGCAACGAGCUAAUAAAGAAGAGGGGGCGGGAGUCUUGCCACGUCAUUACUAUGGCAACGUGUAAACGCAAACGUCGCGUGGCGUGGUGUCGAAUGCCACUGCUCGAAGUCGACAGCUCGCUAAGUCGUGACUGACUGCAAAAGUUCAAACAAAAUGUCAGACGAGGAGGUGGACACCAUCAUUCCUCCAGAAUCACAAGAGAACCAAGGUGAACCACAAGGCGAGGAGAACCAGGGACAAGCAGGCGAGGAGCGUAAGGAUGAAGCAUUGCAAGAGUCAGAGGACCAAGGAGAACCGGCAAACGAGGAGGAGUCCUUACCAGGAGUAAGCACCUUUGAGGAGCCAGGAGAACCGGUAAAUGAGGAGGAGCCCUUACCAGGGGUAAGCACCUCUGAGGACCAAGGAGAACCAGUCAAUGAGGAACCCAUACCAGGAGUGAGCACCUUUGACCGCCAAGAAGAACCAGUCAAUGAGGAGGAGUCCUUACCAAGAGUAAGCGCCACUGAGGAGCAAGGAGAAGCAGUGAAUGAGGAGGAACGAGCAAAGGGGACCUUACCGGAGGAAGACCAAGGACAACCAGGGGUCGAGAACGAAACCUUGCCAGGAGCAAGCACAUCUGAGGACCAAAGGGAACCACGGAGCAAAGUGGAACAAGGGAAUGAGCCCUCGUCACAAGUCAAAACCUUAGCGGACCAAGGAGAACCAGGGAACGAGGAUGAGAUUUUCUCCUCAGAGGACCAAGCAGAACCACGUAUGGAAGAGGAUCAGGCGGCUGCAGCAGUAAAGACCUCAGAUGGAGGGCAAGAGCGGCGCCUCUCGGAAUCUCCCAGUUCCGAGCCGCACGGUGCCGUCGCUGCGGGGACGACCACGUCGUCAGAGCCGCCGGGCGCCCGUGCCGAUUCGGAGCAGGACGACAAUCCCGACGUCAUCAAUGUCAGCCUGAUAAGCGACGACAACGCGCCGACCGACGUGUCGGGGGGCGGCGGCGGCGGGCCUCCCCCCGCCCCGCAGAAGGCCUUCCUGGGCGGCUACAGGCACAAGCUGACCGGCACCGAGUACCACCACGCCGCCUCCCAGACCCCGCGCAGGGCCCGGCCCGGCCGAGGCGUGGACGUCGUCAGCCGAGACGCGCAGACGGCCGAGCAGGUGCUGCAGGCGCAGCAGUGCGACUCCAGCGUCACCACGCAGAUGACCAGGGUGGGCUGCUACAUCUCCAACAUGAAGGACAGGCUGCUCAGCCCGGGCCACUACAUCACCGCCGACGAGUAUCACCACACCCGGCUCAAAGCUGUGAUCCGUCUGCAAGCGCACACCCGGCGCUGGCUGAGCUGCCGGGCGGUGGAGCGGCUGCGGCGGCAGCGCGACCGCCGUCUGGCCUGGCUGGACCUUCAGGAGCGCAGGAGGCACGAGGAGCGGGCCGAGCAGCUUCAGGACAGCCACAGCCGCUGGAUGCAACCGCAGAAGAGGGAGGACCUCAACUUGCUCUACAACGCGCUGGAGAAGUGCGGAGCGACAAGGAGCGUCAGAUCAACGCCACGCUGGCGGGGGGCCGAGAGGAAAGCCGCCCUGUGGCUCGCUCCUGGAGCAGGAGACGCAGUAAUCAGCCACCAUCGGACGCCACGGCAUCGCCAUCAGGAGCAACAACUACAACAAAGGCGUCAGGAAGUUCCUGGACAAGUCGUCGACGGCGCACCGGUGGCGGGCGGCGGACGGCCGCCUGAUCGAGAUGGACACGCCCGACACCAUCCGAGCCCGCGAACUGGGCGACCUCUACGACUGCGUGGCCAUGUCGCCCGUCAGCCCGGAGCAGCGUCUGGACAUCCUCCUCUGCCUCAAGCAAACUGUGGAGGAGCACCCGUGCCCGCUGACUCGAGACAUUGCGGAGCUGAUCGGCAGGGAAGAGGACCUGAUGAGGCGGCAGGUGAAGGAGGCCAACCUGGAAGGGCUGCGCAAGAGGCUGUGCACGUACUUCCUGCAGUUCAUCCGCACGCCGGGUUUCAACCCGGAGGUGGCCAAGCACCUCAAAGUGCCGCAGAGCGCGGCGCAGCUGAAGAACGACGUGUUCCUGUGCCACGGCUGCCAGCGCCACCUGGGCUCGGCCCACUUCCGCUCCUGCGCCCGCUCCCGCCUGAGCCGCCGCUGCCUGGACUGCACCCGGCUCAGGAACAUCGCCGGCAGCCGCGACGACUUCUCCUGCUACAAGUACAUGCUGAAGCGGCUGAGGGACGCCGAGCUUCUGCUCAACAAGGACAACAUCAUCCCUUUCAUCCUGCAGGUGGAGGACAUCCAGUACCUGGUGGAGGUCAUCUGGGGGUCCCACUCGGCCCUGAGCGGCUGCAGCGACCUCAACAGCUUGGUCCUGGUCCGCUGGGACCGCCAGAAGGACUGGAGCCCCUGGAACUGCGUCCUGCUCUGCAAAGACGAGACGGACGCUCACCUCCUGGUGGAGGACUUGCUCAAGGUGUAACGACGUUGCCCGUGGUCCGCAGCGUGGAGCACAAACACCUGUUGGCGCGCCGCCACUACAACCAGAUACCCACCAUGGUCGCCCACUCGGCCAAAGCCGCCGCCGCCGCCGCUGCCGCCGCCCAGAAGCGCGGGGCCCUCAGGAAGUGAAAAAGCGCCGCUGCUUUUCAGCCUUCGCCGCUGCCGUGCAGCCUUUUCGCCCGCAGGGGGCGCCGCGUGACAGCACCAACUCAUUUUACAAGCAAAUGAUGGGCGUCAUUUUCCCAAAAUGGAAUCCACUUAUGAAUUAUGGACAAGUCAAACGUAUGCCACAGCAUUUUUGUUUAUAUUCUCGAGGGUGGACUGUCGAGGGAAUGAAAAAAACACCCGACUGGUAGUAUUUCAUUUCAGAAACAAGCUUGCUCACAUGGAGAGACUACUUGCAUACAUAUAUAAACAUAUAUAUAUAU